AUCGUCAUGGAUCCCACUCAGAACGCCAAGUUUCCUCUGCAUGAGGCUGCCCGGGAGGGUAGAACUCAAGUCGUGGAAUCUCUUCUUAGCACAAACCCAAAAGCUGCAGCUAUCAAAGAUGAUGAUGAUCGUCUUCCUAUCCACUGGGCUGUAGCCAACAACCGACUAGCUGUUGUCGAGCUCCUAGUAGCCGUCAAGAAUUUUGACCCUGAUGUUGAAGAUGGAUCCGGUUGGACUUCACUCAUGAUCGCGGCCAGUCUCAGAGAAGCCGCGGGCGAUCCAAUCAUCGAUCUACUCCUGCGCAAAGGAGCCGAUGUGAGCAUCAAGAGCAAUUCUGGACAGAAUGCUCUCCACUUUGCUACCUCCAAGGCCAAUAUCUCCACAGUUCGAACUUUGAUUGCCAAUAAGUGCAGUGCCCGGGUGAAGGACAUCCGAGGGCAGUUACCACUGCACCGAGCAGCCGCAGUUGGCUCCGUUCCAAUUCUUAAAAUCCUUCUCGAAGAGGGAAAGAGCCCCAUUAACGCGACGGAUGGGGAUGGCUUCACGGCUUUACACCACGCCGUGUCAGAGGGACAUGGUGAUGCAGCAAUCCUUCUCUUGAAAGCCGGUGCAGAGGCAGACAAGAGAGAUAAUGAAGGCCGGCUGGCAGUCGAUUUAAUUCCCGAUGAUAAGGUCAAGCAAUACAUUUUGCAAACUGCGGAGCGAGAAGGAAUUGAGCUCCCCUGA